UAGAUGGCAUUUCCAGUUGAACUUUCAAAGCUUCAGGCUGUAAUUAGUUCCGCAGGUGGGUUAUUACACAACACAGAGCCAACAGUCCGCAGCCCACAGAGUGCGCAGAAAAAAAGAAACAACCACAACACAGAGCCAAAAGCUUAUUUUCAAAGUCAAAAGAACACAAAGUGUGAAAAAGUCGAUGCAGAGCAACAAAAUGAGAAGACAAUUCAAAGCGAAAACAGCCUCAACAGUGGAUUAUUCCGUGUCAAAGUGAACAAAGAAGUUAAAGUUGGUUUCCAAUGAUUGGUUGGGUCAGGCACUGGGACUGGGAUAAGUGGGGAACCCACACUGCGAUGGUGACGGCGAUUGCGACGAGCAUGUUAUAAAAACACAGAGCCAAACCGGCUCCGACAUCAUUCAGUUCGUCGCUGGCCGGCGAAAGUUACGGGGCAUCGCUACAGAUUCAGCUGCUGCUUGCUACAAAUAGAGCAGACGGGAAACUGGCGGUACAAUAAAUCAAUGUGACGACGUAGAAUCGCGAAAAGUACCCGCUUCACGCUAAUUUUUGAAUACAAUGGAGUAUCUGAGCUACGUUUAUGAGAAAAUAUUCGGAGGCAGUCCCCCAGCCGAUGACAGACACACGCCCCGCAAAGUGGUGUGCUUUGGCAAUGUGUUGCUGGAUCAUUUGGUGAAGCUGGAGGAUCCGGAGCUGCUGCAGCGCUACGACCUGCAACUGGGCUCCAAGGGGGAAAUGGAGCUGGAGAAACUCAACAAACUGGCCCUAGAAGCCUCCGAGAGUUCCCAAUGCCUGAAAAAGCCGGGUGGCUCGGCCUUAAACACAGCUCGUAUCCUCAAGCAACUGGGCACCGAUCCCACCUUCUUUGGAGCCGUGGGCGCGGACAAGCAUGCGGACGAACUGCGUCUGAUCUUCCGGGAGCGGGGUAUCGAGGCACGACUGCAGACCAUCGAGUCCACGCACACGGGCCAGUGUGUGUGCCUUAUGUACGAGGACAAUCCUACGCUCUAUGCGAACAUUGGCGCAUCCGCGCAGUUCUCGGUGCAGACACUGAGCCAUACGGCCAUCCACGACGGGCAGAGCUUCCUGCGUCCCCUCGAGCGCAAGCAGAUCCUCUACGUCGAGGGCUUCUUCGUGCCACAGUGUGCCGACGUUUGCGACUACAUCGUGGAGAAUCUGGUGCGCAAUCGGCGUCGCCUGGCCCUAAAUCUCAGUGCCCCGUACAUCGUCCGGGGACAUGCGCAGGCCAUUAUGAAGCUGGCGCGGCACGCCUUCUUCCUUUUCGGCAAUGAGCAGGAGUUCGAGACACUCGGCGAGGCAUCCGGCUCCCCGAGUGUGGACCAGUUGACCCAGAAACUGCUGCAGGAGGGCAACACCAGAGUAAUCUUCAUCACAAAAGGCAGCUCCGGCGUCCAGGUGAUCACCAACUAUGUGGACGAGCUCGGUCCGCCCGGUCCCAUUACCGUCGAGGACUACCGGGCUCCUCGGGUGGAUGAUCUGGUGGACGCCACUGGAGCUGGCGAUGCCUUCGUCGCUGGCUUUCUGCACGGCUGGCUGGAGAAGCGUUCGCUGGGCGAAAGCAUCCGCAUGGCCACCGACGUGGCCGCCAAGGUGGUGACCCAGGUGGGGUGCAAUCUGCCGAGUCCCUAGCCGGAUUGAAUCUCUGUCAGCGCACAAUCAAGCACCAAAGUAGCCUUUUAGUACGUACGAUAAUUCCUCUUUAUGUUCCACAGACUCUAGGCUUAGUUUCCUGCCUCCCACACCCCACAAGCAAUGGACUCGGGUCAUUAAAUUGACUUAAUAAAAACUUAAUUUUUUGCA